AGACAGACAUGUUGGGCCGGAAAGAAAGAGCUGGGUCUUGGAACAAUCUCUACAUUCAAAGAUUUUCACGGCGGCGGAGGCCCUCUCUUCCCAUCAUCCAUCCCUGGACCAUCCGUUCGAUCUUAUCUCGCCGUCGCGUAAGCUAGAGCGAUCGGACACGACGACCAUGGCGAUGAAAAAGAUCGCAGCCCGCAUCUGACCCACAACCGCGGAAGCCCCGUUAUCAUCUUCAUCCCUCGCCACCCACCAUAUUUCCCGGCGGCCGCUCCUCGCUCCGGUCACGUCUCGAGCUGCGGAACAAGGAAGACGAACGGAAUGUCCACCCUGCGGAUGUCUCUCCUCCUCCCGACCCCUCCGCAGACCCUCUCCUUCUCGAGAACCCUGGCUUCUCCCAAUGCCCAGGUCGUCCUCCUCCGCACCGAGCUCUCCCACCUCUCCCUCCGCCGCGCCCCCGUGACGGCGCCGCCCAUCCGGAUGGGCGGGGGGCCGAGGACCUUCCCGGGCGGCGUCUCCAAGUGGCAGUGGAAGCGCAUGCAGAAGAACAAGGCCAAGCAGCUCCUCAAGGCCCGCCUCUGCCGGGAGCGCCAGAUUUACGAGAUGCGCAAGCGGGCCGAGCUCAAGGCCGCCGUCUCGGAGCUCGAGAGGCCGUGGGAGGCCGUCGAGAAGGCCCCCCGGCUGUUCUCCGUGGGCGCCGACGACCAGCUGAAGGCGCUCGCCGACCGGUUCCAGCGGCCCGGAGGGUUUGACAUGUGGACCGAUAGGGACGGGCCGCAGGUGUUCGGCGGGGCGGAGGCGGAGCUUCCUUCCGCCAGGUUUUUCCCCAAAGGGGUUGUGCACAGCGUGAAGCCUUAUGGGAGAAUCGGUGAUGGCAAAGAGGACGAAUCGGAUGGUGGUCCGGGGAAUAGCAGUGGCAAGGCAAUGGCUCAAUGGAAUGGCGGUUACCGGGGGAGGAAAUCUCGCCGGACACGCCGGAGGGGAAUGAUUGGGAAAGAUGGGCAUUCGGGUUCCGAGUCGGCGGAUUCGGAUGGGGAGAAUAUGAGUUCUCAAGGCUCUGUGGAAUGGAGUGGCGUGGCGGCAGUGAAGAACGAGAGGGAAGUCGGUGUCGGCUUGAGGAAGGGAGGUGAUAGGAGGAGGGACCAUGGUGGAUCAAAUGGGAAGGAUUAUAGGAGAGUUGGGACUGAUCAGAAGAAGAGAGGUGAGAGUUACUCCAGUCGAGGUCGUGGCAGUAGGAUCGGCGAAAUAAUUGAUGGUAUGAAGAAGCCAAGGGAUUCGGUUUCGGAAGUUUAUGAUAUGAGUUUGCGGCAAGAUGGAAGUUACGGGCUGUGAGCUCUCUGUAGGUCAUAUCAUUUGAAUUUUGGGGCCUAGGAGAUUGAAAUUGGUGAGGCAUAAAACUUCUGUCUGGUAAUAAGACUUUGCAUGAUUGGCAACGGAGCUGACGGAUGGUUGUGCAACCCUGUGAUGGAAGAAGCGUAUCUGGAGGACGGUCAGGUAGAAAUCACUCAUCGCUUCAAGAUGUAUAAAUAUAUUAGGCUUAUAGUUGUUAGUUAUCUCUUUCUGUACAUUGGCCUUCUCAUUUGUAUAUUGGAUGCAAUAGUGGAAUUGUCAUGGGUUCAGAAGCCAAGAGACCAGGAAAUGUUAUGUACAUCUGCACCCACAUUACAUGUCUGAACUAGCUUCAUGAUGCAUCGAUUAUGGUUUAUCAUGGACUAUGCAGACUGAAGAUGACUUGUUUAAACAGGCUGCUGUGAUUUUCACUUUCAA